AUGGAAGCCUGGUCCUUCUCUACGCUGUGGAAAGCCUCUGAUCCGACUCUGUUCCAAAUGACCUUGGUCACUGUUUUGUUCACUACUGUUGUUGGCGAUUGUGGUCCUCCUCCCAGUUUAUCAUUUGCUUCACCAAUAACCGUGUUGUAUGAUAUGACUUUCAAAACUGGAACUGUCUUGAAAUAUACCUGCCGCCCUGGCUACCGUAGAGUCAGUUCAAGUCAGGUUACUUGUAAUCUUGAUGGCUCAUGGAAAUAUAGUAUCUUUUGUGCCAUGAAGCAAUGUAGUAACCCAGGAGACUUAACCAAUGGGAAAGUGGAAAUUAAAUCAGGUCUUCUCCUUGGUUCAACCAUACAAUUCAGCUGCUCAGAGGGAUUUAUCUUAGUUGGGUCAGCCACUAGCCAUUGUGAGAUCCAAGGUAAAGAAGUUGACUGGAGUGAACCUUUCCCACUAUGCGUAAUUGUCAAGUGCGAGUCCCCUCCACACAUCAGCAAUGGGAAGCACAAUGGUGGAGAUGAAGAGAUCUACACAUAUGGGUCUUCAGUCACCUACACCUGUGACCCCAACUUCUCACUCUUAGGCGAAGCCUCCAUUUCCUGCACAGUGGAGAAUAAAACAAUAGGUGUCUGGAGCCCAAGCCCUCCUACCUGUGAAAAAAUUGUCUGUCACCAGCCACACAUUCCAAAGGGAUUUUUUAUCUCUGGAUUCAGAUCCUUCUAUACAUACAAAAACUCUGUUGUGAUUAACUGCAGGAAAGGCUAUGCCCUCGUAGGCAGCAGUGGAAUCCACUGUGAGGCUGAUAGCAAGUGCUAUCCUUUUAUUCCCUCUUGUGAACCCAAUGGUUGUACUGACAUACCAGACAUUCCCUUUGCUUACUGGGACAGAACUGACCACCACCUAAGGGACCAAAAAAUAUAUAAAAUUGGUACUGAAUUGAAAUUUCAGUGUAAGCCUGGCUAUAGCCCUGUUCUAAAUGAGCCUCUAACAGUGACUUGUCAGGAAAAUUUGAUAUGGACGCCUUCCAAUGAGUGUGAGAGGGUGUGCUGCUCAGUACCAGAUCUGGAGAAUAUCACAAUCAUACAGGAAACAAAAGAUUUCUCUGGUAAAUGUGUCUAUGCCAAUGGAAACUAUAUUUCAUACAUAUGUGAUGAAGGUUAUUACCCUGUUUCUACGGGUGGAAAAAGUUCAUGCCAUGCAGACGGCACGUGGAAGCCUAAAAUGCCAGUAUGUGAGCCAGUUUGUAGUUACCCUCCCAGAAUUGCCCAUGGACACUACAAGAAAGUUAUUUUAUUGACUUCUACUCCUGAAGCUACAUAUGAAUGUGACAAAGGCUAUGUUUUGGCUGGAUUUGCUACAAUUUACUGCAAGUCUUUCCAGUGGAUUCCUUCACCUCCUCAAUGUAAAGCCCUGUGUCUGCAACCAGAGAUUGAAAAUGGAAUGCCGUCUGUGGCUAAGAAUCACUAUAAUCACUAUGUUGAACCUGAAAAUGUCACCAUCCAAUGCAGCUCUGGCUAUGGUGUGGUUGGUCCCCAAAGUAUCACUUGCUCAGAGAACAGAACCUGGUACCCAAAGCUGCCCACGUGUGAGAGGGAGGUUUCUAAAGACUGUGACCAAGUGCUUGAAGGCAAACACCUCAUGCAGUGUCUCCCAAGCCCAGAGGACGUGAAAAUGGCCCUGGAGGUGUAUAAGCUGUAUCUGGAGAUUCAGCAGCUGGAACAAGAGGGAAACAUGCUGAUGAACACCUAUCGGAAGUUUUCUAAAAAGAAAAAAAAAAGGGGGGUUAUUUUUGCCUUUUAAUAAAUAUACAGAAUUUUCAUUCA